AUGAAAUGUCCUUACACAAAAUCCAAAGCAAAAGAUAAGGGGAUUGCGCGGGAAAUCGAGUCAGUUGCAUCGCAAAAAGAGAUUCCUGUUGCUAAGAAGACUGAAAUUUCCAAGAGGACCGGGGCUAAAAAGAAAAAUCCUUCCAAGUAUAGAGCGUGCCUCCAUACAUAUUUAGAAACGACAGAUAUUUCGGAUGGAUGUGUUCGUUUAAUACCUAUGGAUGGAGCUAUUUUUGGUUUUGAGUAUGCCGAGCCAUUGGGUAAAGAGGAUUUUGAUCAAAUUUUGUAUCAUACGCAAUUAAGCGUUGGUGUUAUCAACACAUACAUGAGGUAUUUAUAUGACAAAUUGAUGGGUCCGCGUGGGUUGGAGCAAAGAUUCUCAUUCUUAAAUCCCAUGAAAACGAACUUAACCGAAAUGAUAAGAAAACCAGAUGAAGUCAGGACGUAUGUAGUCGAGCGCUUUAUGGCCGACACAGAUAGAGAAAAGUUGUUCUUUUUACCGUUUAAUACCGGCGACGGUGGACAUUGGUUGUUGGUCGCGAUAAAUCCUUUUAAAGAAAUUGUGUAUUAUUUGGAUUCUUUACACAAUGAUUGGACAACAUACCCUGCUAUGAAGACGAUAGUUGACACCAUUAUACAAACUGUUCGAGCACAAAGAAAAAUUCAAGUACCAAAGAGAAAAGCCAAUAACAUUACAUGGAAUAGAGUGGAGUGUCCUCGACAGCGUAAUAAUAUAGAUUGUGGAUAUUACACGUUGAGGUUUAUGAAAGAAACUCUUCUUAUGGAUCGAACAGAUAUUCCAUCUGAUUACUUUGAUGAAUAUAGAUGUGCUUAUUACUCAAAAGAUCAGUUGGAUGAAAUUAAAGAGGAAUUGUGUCAAUUCAUUAUCGAGCUACAGGUUUUGUGAGGUUAUAUAGCAUAUUUAGAAGAUAGAACUAGAAUGUGUUGAAAUACAUUUUGAUUAGCAUUUUUGGAGGUUAUUAGAAAUGUGUAGAUUUUUUGUAAAGGCAAACAUUUUCAAGUAUAUAUAUAAAUACUCAAAAAACUGCUGAAAUUAGAAGUAUAUUGUGUUGAACUAUAAUGUGUUUAUAAUGCAUAUAGAUUU